AUGGAUGGCAGACGGUUUUCACAGAGUGCUUGCGUUUUUGGGCAUGUGCGGACGUGCUACAAGAGGCGGGUGCGCGCGCCAGUGCUCGUGCGGUCGCUGCUGCGGUUGUCGCUGGCUGUUGUGUUGCUGCUCGUGCCGCUGCGCCUGCCACAAGUACGAGGACUGACAUGUCGCCGCUGCCGCUUGUGCUGCUGCUGGUGCUGCACCAGAUUCUUUAUAAUAAAAAAAAUUGCAUUUCAGGUCACUGGCGAAUGUAAGAAUUGCGUGGUCCUGGGCAAGGAAGAGAGGGCAAUGUUCCGCGCCCACUCGGAGGCGUGUGCGGCGCAGUCGCACGUGUCGGCGGGCUCGCUGUCAGCGCUGCUGGGAGGCGCCGUGGUCCGCGACGAGCCAGCGCUGCGCCGCCACGUGUACUGCGUGCUGCAGCGCUGCAAGCUGAUCGGCAAGGACGGAAAGCUGCUGAAGGCAGCGCUGCUCGGCAAGCUAGGCGCCCGCCAAGACGCAAGAAUCGUUACCAAGGUGCUGGAGACCUGCGCUGAGCAAACGGGAGACACCCCCGAGGACCUGGCGUGGAACCUGUUUCGCUGCGGGUACGACCGCAAAGCAGUCCUGUUCCACCACAUGCCCGCUGGCGACGACGGAGCACUCUCAGCAUCCUAGCAAUUCUGUCUUCGUCUUUGACUUAGGGUGAGAUCUAUAGAGCGAACUUAGACUAUGCUAAGACUUUACUUACACAGUCAGCACGAUUGUGAUAAUAUGCAAACUUAACUUAUGUAUUCGGCUGUCUUAUCUUAAGCUCAGGAUAAUUCCAGCUGUAAAAUGCCUAUAAAAACGAAAUAAAAGAUUAUGCUAAGCUUACGCUCAGCUAUGUUUUAUGUGAAUAAAGUCUGAGCAAAGUCUAAGUACGCUGUAUAGAUCGGCCUUAGGUGUCCAUCGUUUACAAUUUGUCCUUGUCCAUUUCUAAAUCUCGGAAAUCAUUGAUCUGGGUCCAUAUAAAUAAAUAUAUAUACCUUAUUUUUAAGGCUAGAAACUAUAAAGGUUCAUCUUUCCGUUGAGAAACUGUAAUUUAUUCCGAUUCCUUUUUACCAUUGUUUCUUAAAUAUUUUUGUUAUUUUAAACACGACAAUGACUUUGUGAUCGUAUUUUUUUAGUUCCUUUAAGUACCUAUUUCAUUUUAAAUAGUUACUGAUAAUUGAUAAGUAUUUAUAAAGGUCUGUAUUCAAAUAUAAAUA